UUUGGUUCGAAAGGCAACAAAGGGUAGACAGCUUUUAGUUGUAGUCAGCGGCAGUUGAACUUCCUCACCUUUUGGUUAAGUUGUGGAUUUUGGAAGAGGAAGAAGAAGCACAAAGGAAAGGAAAGGCUGAGGAUGGUGACGGUAGAGGGGAGGGAGAGAACGCCGGAGCCGCAGCCGAGGGUAUUUAAGGGAAGAGAAGAAUUCGAAUCGAACGUACUACACACAGUAGUAGCGCUGGGGAUAUGGCUGGGGGCCAUCCAUUUCAACGUUGCUUUGCUCCUCUUCUCCCUUUACUUCCUUCCUCUUUCCAAAUCCCUUUUGGUUUUCGGAUUGCUUGCGUUAUUUAUGGUCAUUCCCGUUGACGAUAAAAGCAGAUUAGGCCGACGAUUGUCCAGGUAUAUUUGUAAGCAUGGUUGCAGUUACUUCCCAGUGACUCUGCAUGUAGAGGACAUACAAGCCUUUGAUCCUGAUCGUGCUUAUGUCUUUGGUUAUGAACCACACUCAGUUUUGCCAAUUGGCGUUGUUUCACUUGCUGACCUUACAGGUUUCAUGCCACUCCCAAAGAUAAAGGUCCUUGCUAGUAGCGCUGUGUUCUACACACCUUUUUUGAGGCACAUAUGGACAUGGUUGGGUCUUGCACCUGCGACGAAGAAAAAUUUCAUCUCCCUCUUGGAAGCUGGUUAUAGCUGCAUCAUAGUCCCAGGGGGAGUGCAAGAGACAUUUCUUAUGGAGCAUGGUUCUGAGAUUGCUUUCCUUAAGACAAGAAGAGGAUUUGUUCGCAUAGCCAUGGAAAUGGGCCAUUCUCUGGUUCCAGUUUUCUGCUUUGGUCAGUCGCAUGUUUAUAAGUGGUGGAAGCCUGGAGGGAAGUUCUUCCUACAAUUUUCUAGAGCUAUCAAGUUCACUCCAAUAUACUUCUGGGGAAUUUUGGGAUCUCCUUUACCCUUUAGGCAUCCAAUGCAUGUGGUGGUGGGUAGACCAAUUGAACUCAAGAAGAAUCCACAUCCCACCAUGGAAGAGGUCAUCGAAGCUCACCGUCAGUUUGUUGAAGCACUGCAAGAUCUCUUUGAAAGGCACAAAGCACGGGUUGGCUAUGCUGACCUUCAACUGAAAAUUCUUUGAUCGGAUCUUAAUUUGUAUUCUACUGCUCCCUCAUCAUUAUGCUAUCAUAUUCGGUAUGGUUGGGUGCACAGAAAAAUAAGGUCUCUUGUAGUCUUGCCUAACCAUGAUCUCAACUUUGCAAUUUGGCAGUUUAUUUAUUAUUUAAAAAAAAAAUAAUAUAUAUCAAAUCCGAAUAGGAUUUUUUUUUUUU